GGCCCCCAAGGCAAACCCGGCCUCCCCGGCAUGCCCGGCUCCGAUGGCCCCCCCGGUCACCCCGGGAAGGAGGGCCCCCCCGGCACCAAAGGCCACCAGGGCCCCUCGGGUCCCCAGGGCCCCAUCGGCUACCCGGGCCCCCGCGGCGUGAAGGGCGUGGACGGCAUUCGGGGGCUGAAGGGCCACAAGGGUGAGAAGGGCGAGGAAGGCUUCCCCGGCUUCAAGGGGGACGUGGGCGUGAAAGGAGACCGGGGCGAGGUCGGCGUGCCGGGGUCCCGUGGCGAGGACGGGCCCGAAGGUCCCAAGGGUCGCACGGGCCCCACCGGUGACCCAGGCCCCAUCGGGCUGGUGGGCGAGAAGGGCAAGCUGGGAGUGCCGGGGCUGCCCGGGUACCCGGGGCGCCAGGGCCCCAAGGGCUCGCAGGGGUUCCCCGGUUUUCCUGGCAGCAACGGCGAGAAGGGCGCUCGGGGUCUCUCGGGGAAAUCAGGGCCCAGGGGCGAGCGCGGCCCCACGGGUCCCAGGGGCCAGCGGGGUCCUCGAGGAGCCACCGGGAAGUCGGGGGCCAAGGGCACCUCUGGCAGCGACGGCCCCCACGGACCCCCGGGGAGAAGGGGCCUGCCGGGACCGCAGGGCACCAACGGCUUCCCGGGACCCAAAGGACCCCCCGGCCCCCCCGGCAAGGACGGGCUCCCCGGGCACCCCGGGCAGCGAGGAGAAGUCGGUUUCCAAGGCAAGACCGGCCCCCCCGGCCCCCCCGGGGUGGUGGGACCGCAGGGACCAGCCGGGGAGUCUGGCCCCAUGGGGGAGCGCGGCCACCCGGGGCCCCCCGGCCCCCCGGGAGAACAAGGGCUGCCGGGACCCUCCGGCAAAGAGGGCACCAAGGGGGACCCCGGUCCCACCGGCUCCCCCGGGAAAGACGGCCCCGCCGGCUUGCGGGGCUUCCCCGGCGAGCGGGGUCUGCCCGGCACCCCGGGCGGCCCGGGGCUGAAGGGCAACGAGGGACCGGCCGGACCCCCGGGACCCGCAGGCUCCCCAGGGGAGAGAGGAGGACCGGGACAAGGCGGCCCCGUCGGCCCCCCUGGGCGACCGGGACCACAAGGGCCACCGGGCCCCGCCGGAGAGAAGGGCGUCCCCGGUGAGAAAGGUCCCAUGGGCCCCGCUGGCCGGGACGGCGUUCAGGGCCCGGUGGGCUUGCCCGGCCCCGCCGGCCCCCCCGGUGGCCCCGGCGAGGACGGUGACAAGGGCGAGGUGGGCGAGCCGGGCCAGAAGGGCACCAAGGGCAACAAGGGCGAGCACGGUCCUCCCGGUCCCCCCGGGCCCAUCGGGCCGGUCGGGCAGCCCGGAGCCGCCGGCGCUGACGGGGAGCCGGGUGCCAGAGGUCCCCAGGGCCACUUCGGUGCCAAGGGUGACGAGGGGACGCGGGGCUUCAACGGCCCCCCUGGACCCAUCGGCCUGCAGGGCCCCCCCGGCCCCCCAGGACCCCGUGGCCCCGCUGGACCCUCUGGAGCUGACGGACCCCAGGGACCCCCUGGAGGUGUCGGCAACCUGGGCCCCCCCGGGGAGAAGGGGGACCCCGGUGAAUCGGGGGCCCCGGGCAUCCAAGGGGAACCGGGAGUCAAGGGCCCGCGAGGAGAGCGAGGGGAGAAAGGAGAAGCCGGAGCCGCCGGCGUGGCCGGGCCCCCGGGGGGAAAAGGCCCCCCCGGCGACGAUGGGCCCAAGGGCAACCCCGGUCCCGUUGGUUUUCCCGGCGAUCCGGGACCCCCCGGAGAAAUGGGCCCCAGGGGCCAGGACGGUGCCAAGGGUGAGCGCGGGGAGGACGGCGAGCCAGGGGAGCCGGGCUCGCCGGGUCCGACGGGCGAGAACGGGCCUCCCGGGCCCCUGGGGAAGAGGGGCCCAGCUGGCUCCCCCGGCCCCGAGGGGCGUCAGGGCGAGAAGGGCACAAAGGGAGAACCCGGAGCCGUGGGCGCUCCCGGCAAGACGGGGCCCGUGGGGCCCCAGGGCCUUGCUGGCAAGCAGGGACCGGAUGGUCUCAGGGGUCUGCCGGGCUCGGUGGGAGAACAAGGCAAGCCGGGCACCACGGGGCAAGCAGGGCCACCGGGACCAGUGGGUCCCCCGGGUCUCCCCGGCCUCAAAGGUGACACCGGUGCCAAAGGAGAGAAGGGCCACCCUGGUCUCAUUGGCCUGAUCGGACCCCCAGGGGAGCAGGGGGAGAAGGGAGACCGGGGUCUGCCCGGCCCCCAGGGCUCCACGGGGCAGAAAGGAGAAACCGGGAUCCCUGGAGCUACCGGACCCAUCGGCCCCGCCGGCCCCCCCGGCCUUCCCGGCCCGGCAGGUCCCAAAGGUGCCAAGGGAGCCAUGGGUCAAGCAGGACCCAAGGGCGAACGCGGACCGCCGGGACCCCCCGGACACCCGGGGCCCCCCGGGGAGGUGAUCCAGCCCCUGCCCAUCCAGCUGCCCAAGAAGAGCAAGCGCUCCAUCGACGCCAGCAAGCUGGUGGAGGAGGAGGAGGAGGAGGAGGGCGGAGAGCGAGCGGCGGCCGACCAGGCGGCUCGCGACUACGCCGACGGCAUGGAGGAGAUCUUCGGCUCCCUCAACUCCCUCAAGCAGGAGAUCGAGGGCAUGCGGCGCCCGAUGGGCACCCGGGACCACCCGGCCCGCACCUGCCAGGACCUGCAGCUCAGCCACCCCGGCCUGCCCGACGGCGAGUACUGGGUUGACCCCAACCAGGGCUGCGCCCGAGACUCCUUCAAGGUCUUCUGCAACUUCACGGCGGGUGGGGAGACCUGCGUCUUUCCCAGCAAGGACGUAGAGGAGGUGAAGGUGUCGUCCUGGGAGCAGGAGGAGCCCCAGCGGUGGUUCAGUCAGUUCAAGGAGGGCAGCAGGUUCUCCUACACGGACUCGGCCGGCCAGCCCCUCGGCGUGGUGCAGCUGACCUUCCUGCGGCUGCUCAGCGUCUCUGCCCGCCAAAACUUCACGUACCACUGCCACCGCUCGGUGGCCUGGCACAGCACGGCCGCCGGGGACCACCGGCGUGCCCUCCGCUUCCUGGCUGCCAGCGAGGAGGAGCUCAGCUACGACACCAGCCCCUACAUCAAAGCCGUGACCGACGGCUGCGCGGCACGGAAGGGCUCCAGCCAAACGGUGCUAGAGGUGCGCACGCCCCGCCUGGAGCAGCUCCCACUGAUGGAUGUGCGAGUCAUGGACUUUGGCGAGCCCGGCCAGAGGUUCGGGUUCGAGGUGGGACCAGUCUGUUUCCUCGGCUAGGACCGGCCCGUCCCCCACAACUGUCACCCUCCCUGCCAUACCCUGGCCUCCCGUGGGGCGAUCCUUGCCCCCUCGCCUCCCCACCGCCCGCCCCUCGUGUCACCUCCCCGCCUGCUGCUGCGAGGGGCGCAGGGCUCAGCCCCGGCCGCGCACGUCGAGACCGAAACGCCGCCACCUCCACCGGGGCCAGGGUCUGGAGAGAUGCCAAAGAGACUUUAACGCUUAGAAUAAAUCUAUAUUUUAAUAUGUAGAGAGACAGAGAGGAGAAUUUUUAACUGAUCCACUGGCUACCUCCCUCGACGCCCAGCAGUGCUCCCUUCCUCCCAGUACCUCCCUCCCAAUCCCAGUGCUCCUUCCCAGCACUCCCAGGGCUUCCCUUUCCCCUGCUCCCAGCUCCGCAGCCCCAGGGAAGCCCUCGAGGACACCCACAGCACAGGGAGCAUUGCUUGGCUUUGCUGUCUGCCCGGAGAGCCGAAGGGUUCAAAGCGAGCCCGGGCCGCCGCCGCCCUGGGCGGUCACGCACCGGUAGCGAGCGCUCGGGGUUAGCACGGGAGCUCUGGUGUCUCCCUCUCCGUGCGGCUUCGCCCCACGACAGCCCUUGUGCUCUGAGCCAUGGCCAGAGGGACCGGAGCCGGGGCCAGAUCUGUCCCCAGGCGUGCCAUCGCCUGCAUACAGAACCCCACGGCCUGACCGCCUCCGGCAGCUGAGCGACGUUUGUGGGUUCCGUAGCCCUGCCUGGCUCACGGAGGUGAAGCUGCUGCUUGACUUCGUUACCGCCGCUAAGCCAGGCUCAUUAAUUUGAAAAGGCUUCCCUGUCGCAUCGGGGCGCCGCUCCACGGCCCCGCAGCGCCCGCCAAGGCGAAGGGCGCCGGUCCCUGUCCUCUGCCUCCCGUCCCUGCCGGGGUCCUCGCCAUGGGUGCGCUUAAAAAGCCUCCAGCACCGCCCGCCCGCAGCCCGUGGAAAGCAGUGGGGAAGAAGGACGUUGUGUUUUUACUGUGUUUUAUUUUUUUUUUUUUCUAUUUUAAAUUAAUUAUAUUAUUUAAAGGAGUGGAUACAACCGUCAGUACUGGUCCCUGCUGCGUAAUUUUUGGAUUUCCCCCCAAAAAAACAAUAAGGUGUGAAUUUCUGCAUGACCCAGCACAGUGCUUGGGGGAGGAGGGAGGAAAAAAAUAAUAAUAAUAAAAAUUAUUUUCUUGGUGCCGUCUGAUAAAAAGUGUCGAGGGCACCAGUCUUUGCUUUUUUGUUUUCUUAAAAAGCGGAGGCAAGGCCCCUGGUGCCGAGCCGGCGGCGGGUGUCACGUUCUGUAAGUAAUUUUUAAAGUUGUAUUGUAAUAUAUCAGCUACAGUUUUGCUGCU